AUGAACGCCCUGGGUCUCAGUCUUCUUUUUUUACUCCUCUGGCCGGACCCUGCAGAGGCUCAGUUUCCUCGAGUGUGCUGCACAGUGGAGGGGAUCCUGUCCAAGCAGUGCUGCCCUGCUCUGGGCUCAGAUCCUGCCAAUGUGUGUGGCUCUCUGUCGGGGAGAGGAAGCUGCUCUGCAGUUCAAGUCGACAACAAACCCUGGGGAGGACCGUACAGACUGAGAAAUGUUGAUGACAGGGAGAGGUGGCCAACCAAGUUCUUCAAUCAGACUUGCAGGUGUACUGGUAACUUUGCAGGUUACGACUGUGGCCAGUGUAAAUUUGGCUGGACUGGACCUAGCUGUGACCAGAGGAAAACCCCUGUGGUGCGGAAGAACAUCCACUCCCUUACCCCCGAAGAGCUCCAGGAGUUCCUCAAUGCUCUGGAACUGGCUAAGACCACCAUCCACCCAGACUAUGUUAUUGCCACCCAGCACUGGCUAGGACUCCUGGGACCAAAUGGAACCGAGCCACAGAUUGCCAACAUCUCCAUCUACGACUUCUUUGUGUGGCAACAUUACUACUCAGUCCGAGACACUCUUCUCGGUCCGGGUCGCCCAUUCAAAGCCAUUGAUUUCUCACACAAAGGUCCAGCAUUCAUUACCUGGCACAGGUAUCACCUUCUGAGCCUCGAGAGAGAGCUACAGCAACUGACUGGCAAUGAGAACUUUGCGAUCCCUUACUGGAACUUUGCCACAGGGCAGAGUGAGUGUGAUGUGUGUACUGACUCCCUGCUUGGGGCCCGAAACCCAGACAACCCCUCUCUCAUCAGUAACCAGUCCAGAUUCUCCAGAUGGGGGGUGGUGUGUAACAGUUUGGAUGACUACAAUCGCCUGGUGACUCUUUGUAACGGCACCAAUGAGGGUUUCAUUCAGAGAGGGAUAAUGGAGCAAAGUAACAUGUCUCUGCCCACCAUGAACGAUGUCAGAAGCUGUCUUGGAAUCAGGGACUUUGACAGCCCUCCCUAUUUCACCAACUCUUCCUUUAGUUUUAGAAAUGCUCUUGAAGGGUACGAAAAACCAGAUGGAGAACUGGAUGAAUCAGUCAACAACCUUCACAACCUUGUCCACUCCUUGCUCAAUGGAACCAGCUCUCUGUCCCACUCUGCAGCCAACGACCCCAUCUUUCUGGUGCUCCACGCUUUCACUGAUGCCAUUUUUGACGAGUGGAUGAGGAGGUUUGUUCCAUCCAACACCACCUUCCCAGAUGAGAUGGCCCCCAUUGGUCACAACAGGGAGUACAACAUGGUUCCCUUUUUCCCUCCGAUCACUAAUGAUGAGAUCUAUAUCACAUCUGAACAACUGGGAUAUUCCUACGCCAUUGCCCUAGAUGCAGCCGGAGGGCCAUCUGUGUUUGUGCUGGGCUCCACUCUGGGGGGAGUCUUCAUUGGUCUCCUGGUGCUUCUCCUUAUCUUUGUGCUCUACCUGCGUCAACGAAGAAACAGUGGGUUUGAACCUCUGAUAAAAGCAGACUUCACAAAUAGAAAGUACACAGAGGAAGCCUAG